CUUGCGUUCCAAGUGAGCCGGGCGCGUGUGUUGGAUUGACUAUUGCCGCUGUCGCACGCGAACCGGGAAUAACACAACCACUCGUUGCCUUGGCUACCUUUUAUCACAUGGGACAUUAGUCCAGCGUUAGCCGGCAUUGAAUGUUGGCCUUCAUGGUGAAAAGUAUGCAAGGUCCUAAAAAAGUUUUCUUAUGCCGACCGGUUCAAGCAAACUCAACGCUACGGUUCAGUCCGUACCAAAAAUUUACCGUACUAGAUGGAGUUCUGCAGUAGUUAUCGAUACCACCUCAACGAUGAGUUCUGCGCCAUGGUGCCGGAAGAAAUCAACACAAAUCCACAGAUGUUUAAAGUCUGGUUUUUCAAUAAAGGGAAUAAUAACAUAUAUAAGAUUCGUAAGCAGUACAAGAACCUUACGCUUGUCGAAAUUCAGGCAGCCUAUUCCUUAUUUGUGAUGGCUAACCCAACUCAAAAUCUUCCGGCAACGAUGCCGCUUAAGCCGGUGAAAAGCCUGCGCCCGGAGCAGCCUGGAGAUCUAGCAAUGGAUUUGGAGAACAUCGUUUCCUCCACCAUGGAUAACUCGGAAUGUGCCGGUACCAUUGACGACCCCAUCACCGGGUAUAACUUACUACUUUCUCCUGACGAUUCAGAAGCCGUCCUUACAUUAAUUAUGAUGGCGCAAAAUAGUCAACGGUCUGCAAUAUCCACAGCGCAGCCACCUGAACCAAAUAGCUACGAAGCUCCUACACAAGAUGAUGCAUCUUCACAUCCAUCAUCUGAUACGAGUGCCUCUAUUCCAUCGUGGCCUUCGAGUUGGAGUCUUGGAAAUAGAGAACAAGCGAUCUAUAUUGAUGAUACAAGCAGUUCAGAGGGUACAUCAAGCGAGAAGCCGGCUAGAUUCGACUGUGAUCAAUGUGUGGAUGAGGUUGAUGACGCUGUUGCCGGGCCGUCGGGUUCGCAAUCUAUGGAUACAAGGGAGGCUGUAGCGAUGCCGUCGCUGAUCUUGUACGAUCUCUCCAAGCCGAAGCAAAGGCGUCGACGCAAGACCAAAAAAGUAGAAACUUCUUCGGACAGCAGCUCCAGCGAUGAAAACGUCUUUCUUGCUCGCAUACAAGCAAAGAAGAGGACGUUGGAGACGCCGCAGAAGGAAAAAACUUCAGCUUCUCCGAAGCGGAAGAAGAUGUAAGAUGCCCGCGUUAAUUUCUAAUGACGUAAUUCAUUAUUGCAUCUUUGUAGUAGUAUUUACUUUAUUUUAUAUCUACGCAUUACAACAGUUUAUUUCGUUUUCCUGGCAACUGACCUCAUGUCAAUCGUUUCAGUCAAUUUUUUAAUGUGUGUAUAAAUGUUUAACAUGAGCAUUGUGUAUUUCUUGCUGUUUGAUUAUAGUAGAAGACAUCUAAAUAGAAACUUAUUAUACUGCGCAAAUAUAGUUCAUUAUUUUUUUUUCUGACAUUACAUAUUAUUAAUAAUGACUGAUUACUAAUAAUCAUGCGAUUUGAUUUGAUUUUUUUAUCGGUUAUAGGGUUAUUUAAUAAAAGCUCUCCUGUUGCCAUUGUUGUAUUCGAGUGUACUUGUCAAAGAACAUUCAAUACAACUACGUAGUACCCACAUUAACACGGCUAAAAAUGAGUCAUUUUCCAAGAACAUUUUGGUCAACACGCGUUCCGUUGUAUUGUCUCGAUCUAUAAUUUAAUAACAACAAUCUAUUUAUUUAUUCAAUGAUUUAAAUUAUACGUAUGUUAAAAAAUAU